AUGGGUUUCGUUUAUCUUGCCAUCAAGAUACCGAAGGCUAUUACCAUCGCAUUCUUCGUGAACUUAGUAAACCAUCUGAAAUUCAUGGUUAUAGGGGCACUCACUCAUCUGGGUCUGUACAAACCACCACCAGAAGAAGAGAAUUCCAGGGAUAAUUGGAACAAUUAUAUUCUGAUAUUAGAUGGGCCAUCUCCAUCAUUAGUCCCAAUCCCAGUCCACGUCGUAACAGAAGCCAUCAGGAAGAGAGUCCCAGUAGUCCAUUACGGCGAUUUCCUCGAAAGAUUUGGAGCAAAGGAAGCUGGAGGAAAGGUAUGCACAAUCUGCUUGGAUUGCAUAGAGAAGAGGCAUGAGAUUAGGGAGCUUUCCAACUGUAGCCAUGUUUUCCAUAGAGAGUGCCUUGAUACUUGGGUAGAUGAGGGUCAGGUCACUUGCCCUUUGUGCAGAUCUAUGCUGCUUUCGCCUAAGAAAAUUUUGGCUAGGUGUGGUGGUGGAGGAGGAGAUCCAACAGGGGCUUCGGAAAGGAAUAACAAUUUGAUUGGUGAAGGCCAUUCCAGCCGUGCAAGUUGACUUUGGUGUCAUUAUCCUCAAGCGCCAACGUGAUUAACCUGUGAGUUGUAACUUAGAAGUAGGCUCCAGAUUGUAUCAUGUCAUGUGUGAUUAUUAGUGUUCUGUUUCUUUAUUGUUCCUUUUUCUUUAUAUCCGAUGACAACCGAGCAUAGACACCCCAUUAUUCAAGGGGACAUGAACUACUUUCUUCUUGAGUCAGUCAUGAACGCAGAACAACCAUCCAUACUCUCUACUUGCAAAAAAAUACCCUUCUCUAAGGAUAUGGCGCAUGUCUGGCCAUGGAAGUCUAACAUGGAACCAAAUGUGUUUUCACAUGUUUAUGAUUAAUGAUGUUCUUAGAGAAAACAUCUGUGACUACAUUU